UGACUUGCAUAAGCAAGUAUGAUACUGUAACUAUGGCCAGUGUGUCUGUAUCUAUCAGAAAAAGUGGCUCUGUGCAGCUUCAGUCCAUGUCUUCUCUGCAUUUCAUCCUGCUCAUCCCUCUAUUCUGUUUCAUCUCUAACAUCUCUUCCGUCCAAUCCCGAAUCAACGUAUGGCCAAAACCCCGUAACCUCUCCUGGCUCCACCCACAAGCAACCCUCCUCUCUCCAAGUUUCAGAAUCAUUUCUCCCAAACAUCGAUAUCUCACCCCCGCCGUUGACCGUUAUCGCCAUCUCGUCCUCUCUGAACGCCACCGCUCGAUCGUCUCCCCCGUCGUUAACCUCACGUUCACUCAUCCCUUACAGGCCGUCAAACUCACCGUCACGGACCUGAAAACCCCUCUCCAACAUGGCGUAGACGAAUCCUACACCCUCACCAUCCCCACCGUCGGAGCGGCCAAUCUGACGGCGCGGACGGUGUGGGGAGCCAUGAGGGGCCUCGAGACGUUCUCGCAACUCGUUUGGGGUGACCCGCCCUGUGUCCCGACGGGUUUGUCCAUUUACGACUCGCCGAUCUUUGGGCACAGAGGGGUGAUGCUUGAUACCUCCAGGAACUAUUACGGAGUGGAACAUAUACUGAGGACUAUUAGAGCAAUGAGUGCCAACAAACUUAAUGUAUUCCAUUGGCACAUCACGGAUUCACACUCCUUCCCUUUGGUGUUGCCAUCGGAGCCGGAGCUCGCCCGGAAAGGGUCGUAUGGACCGGACAUGCAGUACUCACCGGCGGACGUUAAGCGGAUUGUUGAGUACGGUUUCAGGCAUGGUGUUAGGGUUUUGCCGGAAAUCGAUGCCCCUGGGCACACUGGAUCAUGGGUUGAAGCUUACCCAGAAAUUGUCACAUGUGCGAAUAUGUUCUGGUGGCCGGAUGGGACAGACUGGGCUGACAGGUUUGCAUCGGAGCCAGGAACGGGUCACUUGAACCCCUUGAAUCCCAAGACCUAUGAAGUUCUCCAUAAUGUCAUUCAUGAUGUUGCCUCAUUAUUUCCAGAACCUUUUUACCAUGCGGGUGCUGAUGAAAUCAUCCCUGGUUGUUGGAGGGCUGAUAAGAAAAUCCAAGCCUUCCUUUCUAAUGGUGGGACUCUUAGUCAGCUUCUAGAAACAUUCAUUAAUUCCACUUUUCCUUUCAUUGUUUCCCUCAAUCGUACAGUUGUGUAUUGGGAGGAUGUCCUAUUAGAUGAUAAUGUUAAGGUGAACCCCUCAAUUCUCUCCCCAGAGAAGACUAUUUUGCACACAUGGAACAAUGGCCCCAACAAUACCAAGCGUAUUGUGUCUGCUGGAUAUCGGGUGGUUGUGUCAUCAUCAGAUUUCUAUUACUUAGAUUGUGGGCAUGGUAAUUUUCUUGGGAAUGACAGUCGAUUUGACCGGCAGAUAAGUGAUGAGCCGGGAAAACCAUUUAAUUAUGAUGGUGGUGAAGGUGGCUCAUGGUGUGGACCAUUCAAGACAUGGCAAAGGAUUUAUGAUUAUGAUAUAACAUAUGGGCUGACUGAGGAAGAGGCAAGGCUAGUUUUAGGAGGUGAGGUGGCACUUUGGUCGGAACAAGCAGAUCCAACAGUAUUGGAUGCUCGGAUAUGGCCUAGGGCUUCGGCAAUGGCAGAGACUUUAUGGUCAGGGAAUCGGGAUGAGACAGGGAAGAAGCGAUAUGCAGAGGCCACUGAUAGAUUGAAUGAGUGGCGUUAUAGAAUGGUUUCUAGGGGAAUUGGAGCUGAACCAAUGCAACCCCUUUGGUGUGUUACACACCCAGGCAUGUGCAACAUGGUUCAAUGACUUUAUCAACAACAAUUCAACAGAAAGAUAUCUUUUUUGUAUGAAUAGGGAAUUAGCGAUAAUGGAAAAUAAACUAAGAUAUCUUCUUUUGAAUGGGGAUAAUGGAAAAUAAACUGAGUUGUAAUAGCUGUUACUUGUUUGAGUUCAAUGAAUUCUGCAAAAGGCUGGCCUUCGCUUAUUUGUUCUGUUACACUAUAAAACUGAGCUUGCUUUCCCUCAAGAAUUUGUUACUUUCCAUCAGGCUUCAGGUUUAAAACCAAUGAAAGGAAGCUCAGAUGAAAUAAUAGGAAGCUUUAGUCAUCAUAGCUCAAGAGCUCUCAAGACCCCCACAAAGUGUGCUGGUUCUAUAGCACAUACACCAAAGUGAUCAAAGAGUGACACAUGGAGGCCAGAGAUCAAAGAAACUGUAAUGGAAGUUGAGGAGCAUCCCUGAUAUCUUCUCGGCCUUGUAGGUCUUCAGGCAGCAAUUAAUCAGUCAUGAGCCUAUGAUGCUUCAUAUUAAGAACUAAAAGCAACGUUGGUAUGGAAGACCUUUUGGUAGACCAUGUGAGAGACUCCUAAGGUGAAAUCAUUUUGAUGGUUUCUGGACUGCAUGCUUUCGAAUCCAGAAGCAAAUUGACUGAUGGAGAAAAGAGGAGGUUGUACAGUUGUAUCUGUGUUUCCAAACACCAAACGUAAGCUUCAGUCCACAAGAUCAAGAUCAUGGGAUUUUCUGGGAAUGCUUCAAACAGUAAAGAGGAACAAUGAAAUUGAGAGUAGGUGCAAGGUCCUACCAUAUUGGAGUCAAAAUUCCCAACCAAUCUCUAGCAGAUAUCGAUGGGCAUGGAACACAUCUACUGUUGCAGGUUCACCAGCCAACCCUGCCGGCCUCUGUCGAUGGGCAAGGAGCAUACACAAGCUCAACUUGGUGUAAUAGCAAUGGUGUCAUUGUAUUCCCUCAUAGCCAGGUGGACUCCAUUAAAAUGGAGUAUCACCAGUGGCACAUUCCCCUCUCUCUCUCUCUCUCUCCUCCCCCAACUUCCCCUCACUCUUUCUUUUUUACUCUUCCUCCUCUUCUUGGUUUUAGAACCACAAGUGCACCAGGACAUCAGGAUCGUGAAUGACACAACCUAAUUUGCUCA